AGCUGUUAGUUUCGGGCGAGCAUUCAAAGAACGCGCAUCGCACGGAGUUACUACUUUUUUGUCGCGUGGAAAUGCCGCUGAUCAACUAUAGACCGCACAGCGAACGCCAGAUUGUUUGAAGCACUCACCACGACCACGACCACAUCAAUUGGAAUAACAACCACAAACUUGGAGGAAUAUCAAUAGGAGCAUCUGCUGGGACACAAUGGUCUUCGAGGCGGUGGUGGCCGAUGUGCUGAACAAGGUGCUCGGCGACUACAUCGAGAACUUGGAUCGCAACCAGCUGAAGAUUGGCAUUUGGGGAGGCGAUGUGGUCUUGCAGAACCUCAAGAUACGGGAGAAUGCCCUGGACGAGUUGGACCUGCCCGUGCAGCUUAUCUAUGGUUACUUGGGCAAACUAGUGCUUAAGAUCCCCUGGAAGAAUCUGUACAGCCAGCCGGUAAUUGUCAACAUCGAGGAUCUUUAUGUCUUAGUUUCACCCAACAACAAUGUCCAGUACAACGCCGAAAAAGAGGCCAAAUAUGAGAUGGACCUCAAGAAGGCGGCGCUUGACGCCCUGGAGGCAGCUCGCAAGAAGGAGUUGGAAAUGGAUCAGCCCAAGGCAGAUGCAGGAUUUGCCGAAAAGCUAACGGCGCAGAUCGUGAACAAUCUGCAGGUGCAGAUAACCAACGUUCAUCUGCGAUACGAGGACACCACAACGACGGGCAGUCCCUUCUCCUUCGGCAUAUCCCUGCAUGAGCUCGAACUUUACACCACCGAUUGCGACUGGGAGAAGUGCUACAUGGCCCAGCAGGCGUCGCAGGUUUUCAAAAUAGCGAAUCUCUCAUGUCUUUCCGCCUAUUUGAACUGUGGUGGACAACUGUACGCGAACAACAAGAGCGACCUUUCCAAUCAGUUCAAGACGAAUAUUGCUUGCAAGGAAACAAAACCCAACUACGACUAUGUGCUGGGUCCCAUCUCUUGCAAUGCCAAGCUAAAGCUAAACAUGAACCCGGAGCUCGAUGAUCCGCCAUUUGAAAAGCCUAAAAUCGAUCUCACGUUGGAAAUGGAAAAGCUUAAUGUCGGCUUGACAAACACACAAUUCGACAAUCUCAUGAAGCUUGGAGACGCUAUGAACCGCCAGCAGUUGGGCAUACCGUACCGGAAAUAUCGUCCCUACAAUAUAACCUACAAAGGCCACACCAGGGUCUGGUGGCACUUUGCAAUAACUUCUGUUCUAGAGGAGGAAGUAAGGAAACCCAGAGAGAGCUGGACUUGGGAACACAUUAAGACCCACAGAGAACGCUGCAACACUUAUGCGCAGAAAUACAAGGAGCAGUGCUUAAGCAAAAAACCGUCAGCAGUGCUUACGGAAACAUGCCGUUUGCUGGAAACGGAACUGGACGUUUUUAACUUGCUGCUAAUCCGGCAGAGGGUCAACAUCGAGAUAGCCAAGCAACGAGAGGCAGUGCCAGAACAAAAGUCUGGCUGGUUCAGUGGAUGGGGAUGGGGCGGCGGAGCCAAGAAGGAUGACCAAACCACCAGUCAAAAGCUGGUUGAGAAGUUUGAAGCGGCAAUGACCAGUGAAGAGAAAGAGAAGAUGUACAGAGCCAUUGGUUACCAAGAGAAUGCCAAGCCCACAGACCUUCCAGAGAGCUACGAGGCCAUCAGAAUGAACUUUAAACUGAUAGCCUUAGAGGUCGGCCUCUACAAGGAUGAGAGUAAUAGUUCUGCGGCAAAGAAGGACAUCCGUGACCUGCCGUCGCUGGUCCUUCUUAACUUUUCCAUGGCCACCGCGUUGAUCACCCAACGGCCAGCUGCCGAAGCCAUUAGCAUUAAUGCUGGCAUGAGGGAGCUCAAGGUAACUGGACUCACACGCAAUGAUUACACGCCUUUGUUGGUGGAGUCAAAAAUCACCGACGAGUUCAACCUGCUGGAAGUGUUUUUCGAGACAAACCCACUGGACAAGAUGUGCGACCAGCGAGUGAAGGUUGUGGCGCGCCCGUUGCAGAUAACGUAUGAUGCGCCAACCAUACUGGCCCUGAUCAAUGCAUUCCAGACGCCUGGUGAUGUCACGCUCUCCAAGUUUGAGGAUGCGGCCAGCACGAAAAUCUCGAACUUCAAGGAGCGCUCAGCCACUGGAAUGCAGUACAUGAUAGACAAGAAGGCAGUGCUGGAUGUGGACAUCUUGUUAAUGCCAAACAUCCUGGUCGUACCCCAUAAAGGAGUCUACGAUGCGAACAAUACAUCCCUGCUAGUAGUUAGCAUGGGCCAGGUGCACCUCUCCAGCCAACCACGUAGGGAGUCGAACAAGCUGCAUCAUCUUUUCUCAGCCGGCGAGGAUAAGGAUGAGAUCCUCAAGACGGUAAUGGAAAAUGCCUAUGACAGGUUUACAGUCGCAGUUGACGAUGUGCAGAUGCUGGUCGUGCGAGCUGGAGAGCCGUGGCAAAAUGCGCUAGCGGAAGCCAACUCAACGGAGAUGCACGUUUUGCGCCCCGUCUCCCUGAAAGUGACUGCCGCACUUUGUGUGGUUGACAACGAUCCGCGUCUUCCAAAUAUUAAGGUGGACAUCGACUUGCCUGCGAUCCUGGUUAAUGUCUCAGAAGAUCGCAUUUUCCUCGCCAUAAAGGUGGCCACAAGUAUUCCCCUGCCGGAGCAAAAGGAACCGGCUAGUAGACUCACACAGACGAACUCGCGCAGCUCAAUGUCCAUAUCCAAUUUCAUCAACAAGGAAGUUAAAAAGAUUGGGCCCUCGGCAUCGGUGAGCUCUGCCAGUAAAGACCCGUUGCUGGACGAGAUCAUCCAGUACACCAGUCUCGAUGUAAAUUUCUCUCUUGGAGAAAUCAACUUCGUUUUGUUCAAGUCCAGUCAAAAAUGCGAGACAAGCCCCGAUGUUUCUAUUGAAUUUCUGACUCCUGAUGGCGAUGUCCUUCCUUCUCAGUUGAUUGAGAACGUCCAGGAGCCUAUUGAAGAACUACCCCGAACGCCACCUCAGCAGAUUCUCUCAAUCGACAUUCGUCGUCUGGAGGCCCACUUUGUAUCCAAAACCUAUGAAUCGGUGGCCACAGUCAAACUUGGAGAUAUCAACCUGCGACAGUAUGACUGCCAGGACAGUGACAUGGAUGUACUAGAUGUUAUCCACACGCCGAAACAGGAAAAUAGUUCCAAUUACCUGUUCACUGUCUCGUGCACAAUCGCAGACAAGUCGUCGCCAGAGUUCAGCACCAAGUACAACUCCACUGAGCAGUUGGUCGUGGCUAAUUUCGAGGUACUUCAAGUCGUGCUGCACCAGGAAUGCCUACAAAGGAUUAUGGAGGUCUCAAACAAUUUCCAAAGAAAUCUAGAUGUUGUACUAUCAAGUACCCGGCCACGCGAUCGGAUGGGCUCCAUUGGGGGAGGAGAUGGCAUUAAACGAAAGCUUAAUGUUAUUCUUGAGGACACUGAGGAAAUAAUGACCACCGACCAGAUGAAGCGGCGCAAGAAGACACGCCGCACUCACGUCGUAGAGACGGUGAAAGUUCGCGUUAUCGCUAAUUUGGAUCAAGUGGGUCUGGUGCUGACCAGCCGAAACCGGCCAAUAGCAGAGAUGAAUGUAAAGAAAUUCGUGUCCAGUCUGAUCAUAAAGUCGUCCUACACGGAAGUCAACAUUGGCCUCAAAGACAUCCAGGUGUUGGACCUAAAUCCUCACACUAUUCACAAGAAUAUUCUGAGUAUUGUUGGCAAGGACGCUUUCAACUGCCAGAUUGUGAUCUACAACAAGGAGGAGACCCAAGACUACAACUCUGAUGAUAUGAAAAUAACUGUGGACAUCGGCUGCAUGAAGAUCAUCUUCCUCAAUUGGUUUGUGGCAGGUGUUAUGAACUUCCUGAACAACUUCACAGCGGCUCAAGCAACCAUAUCGCAGGCUGGUGCUGCGGCUGCAGAGUCCGCUCGGCAGAAGGCAAUGGAUGCCUACGAAACGGCCACGCGUAUGAAACUAAAUAUCCGCAUCAAGGCGCCCAUUAUCAUUGUGCCAAUUGGAUCACAGGACAGGAAUGCCUUGAUGCUUGAUUUGGGCUUGCUGGAGCUAACGAAUAACACGGUGGAGGUGGCGGUGGCCGAAGAGGAACGGCUAGCUGUCAUAGACGAGAUCAAGUUGCAAAUAUGCGAUGUUAAGAUUUCCAAAAUUGUCUUAUUAGAUGGCAACGAGUCAACGGUUGAUGAAGUGGACGCGGAAGUGGGUUUCCUCUCUAAAUUCAAUAUGAUGAAUCCCAUGAGUUGCACCUUAUCAAUCACGCGCAAUUUGUCAUACACAUGGUAUCGGGAUGUGCCCGAACUAAAUCUUUCCGGUCGAUUAAAGUCCAUUGAGCUCACUCUCUUCGCGGAUGAUUAUGCUUUGGUAAUGCUUGUUCUCAAUCGCAAUUUAAACGAGGGCUUGGAAGAGUUCCCUCCCAGUGAGGAGGCGCCGCAGGAAGCACAAGUUAGACCCGAAAGACGCAACUCUCGUGCGGGGCGUUUAUCUCGUACCGUUCAAGUUUCUCCGAAAAGGGAGAAGAUUCACGAAUCGAUCAAGUUCAACUUUCAGUUUGACGGUGUGGUCAUAAAUUUAAUGGAGGGUGAAGGAGCAGGUCUCGCCAGGUUCGGAAUAUAUUUCCUCUCCGUUAAGGGCACCAAGUUGGACAACGGCACACUGAGCACAUCAGUUGUUUUGUGCAAUAUCCAAAUGGAUGACAUGCGGAGUAAUUCCAAAAGCCAGAUUCGACAGUACUUAAGUCGCAAGGAUUGGGUUCAGCCUAAGUUGGAUACAGACGACAUCAUCGAUGCCUGUUACAACGAGCGCAACUUCAUGGUCGAUGUGACGGCUAUAAUAAAAGAAGAUGACACGUUCGCUGAGGUCCGUGUGCGUGGAUUCGAUCUGAUCGUCUGCAUUGAUUUCCUGCUGAAACUGACUACGUUUCUUACCUUGCCGCCUGAGGAGAAUCCGCGCGAGUCUCUUUAUAUAAAGCCAGCGCCUGUUACGGAAACAGCUCGGGAUACCAAGCACUCUAUUCGCUCCUCCGCCAUAUUAGCCGCCCAAGAGCUUGUACCUGUCGAGCCACCCAGUCACGAUGUUCCAAACCGAAAAAUGAAUUUAAUACUGCACAUUGACGAGCCAGAUAUAAUAUUAGUGGAAAAUCUGGAAGAUCUUAAUACCAGUUGUAUUAUUUUCAAUGCUCAAGUGCAUUUGAAUUACCGCAGCAUAAACGAUAAACAGAUUGUAAACGGACAGAUCGACGCUCUCAAGAUGUACAUGUGUGCUUUCCUACCAGAGCGGCGAGAGAUGACGCGCCAUUAUAUCCUACACCCAUGCGUAAUUAGCCUGCAAGGAUCCACUCCCGAGGAAGAGGGCAUGCACAUUAGCCUAAAGCUCAGUGACAUUAUUAUGAACGUGUCGCCGGCCACCAUCGAGCUGCUGAACAAGGCAAUGCUGAGCGUCUCCAGUGGCACCAUGACCAAGUGCGCUAUUGCCGAGGAGUCGCGGAACUAUUCGAAUCUGUGGCAACAGCGCCACUUCCAUAGCCGCAGCUAUUGGUUCACCAAGGUGGAGCAGGGCGUCGAUGCCUUGGAGGCUGAGCAGAUUAGCGUCACCACCGACAACGAAAAGCAGAAGACAGAGAAGUGUGUAAUUGAAAUUCCCAGCAUUACCCUCGUGAUCGAGUCCGGCGUAGGCUACUACACGAAGCCACUUAUUUCGCUAGACACCCGCAUUACUGCCGUUUUCAACAAUUGGAGCCGCAGUCUCACCGCUCAUGGCUCGUUGACACUAAAUAUGAAUUACUACAACCAAGCCCUUGCCGAAUGGGAGCCUAUUAUCGAGCUGAACGAGGUCAUUGGUCGCAACGGAGUUCGCGAAUACACGCCAUGGGAGCUUAAGUUCGAAAUGGGCAUGGAAAAGGUGCAGAGCGAAGUGGAAGACGAUGCCGAACAGCAGGCGAUGCACAUGAACAUCCACUCGGCAGAGACGCUGGAGAUUACGUUGAGCAAGACGUGCCUGGGUCUAAUGAGCGAACUGGCCGAGGCCUUCUCGCAGGCUAUCGACCAGAACGGUCUGACCAAGCCGGACAUCGUGGCUCCUUACGUGCUGGAAAACGACACUGGCUUCGAUGUUAACCUGAAUCUGCGGAAGGGCAUCUUUACACUGCACGAAGUGCACCGCGGCGGCACACCUGUGGGUGCGAACAGUACCCUACUUAUGUUUGCCCAACCUGAAGAGGUCGAUCCCAGCGUCAUAAAAACCUGCACCAUUUCGACGGGCGGAAAGGCGUAUCUGCAGACUAAGGAUCUGAGCACGUUAUCAGAGGAGGAUUCCGAGGACUACACUCUUUAUGUGACGAUUGGAGAUAUCAACAAGGAGAUUGCACUGCCCGUUUCCAAGUCGGACACGCGUUUCUUCAACCUGAUGCGCAGUACUUCUCACGAGCCUUGGGGCAUUAUUUCUGAAGUAAAGCAGGAGUACGGCACAACCAAAGUCAAUAUCCAUGGUGUUGUUAGUGUUCAUAAUCACUUUACGACCGGUUUGAAUAUUUAUCGACGCAAUCCUGCCCCUACUGCACAAUGUUUCGAGGAUAUUUUCGUAGGACGUGUGCGUCCCGGCGAAGUGUUCCAUGUACCACUGCACGCCAUAUACUCGGAAUCCAAGGAUCUAUUCUUUUCCAUGCGCGGCUACAGAAGAUCGGUGCAGGGCAUUUCGUGGGCUUCCAAUCCCUCGGACCUUAACUAUUCGCAUCAGUUGCAUUGUGAUCCGACCAACACGUUCGAGCCGCUCAUCAUGAAUGCUCGACGAUCAAAAUCGGAGGUGUACUUCGAAAACACCAACAAGUAUACAUUGCUAAGCGCUUUCUACACGAUUCAUCUGCGCCCGCCACUCUAUCUGCGCAACUCUCUGCCCAUUAAUAUCCAAGUGUCAGUUGCCGGCUGCUCUGUCCGAAAAGAGGAUGGCCUGGAUGCUCAGUCGUCGCAGCGCUUUGUUGACAGGGGGUACAGCAAGGAAGAUUUUCUGGACUACGGAGAAAAGCCUGUAAAUUCCGGAGACGUGCUCCACCUGCCGACCGUUCGAUUGGCGUCAAAGGGCAAGGAAUCGAAGAGUUUCCUAGUUGUGCGGCUGGUUCAAUAUCUUGAGAAAGACUGGUCCUGCGCUACCGAGAUUUGGGAUUACACUGAUGAUGUCAUUACCUGGACGUUUUCAUCAUAUGACUCGGAAAUGAAGGUGGACAUGGAUCUCUAUGUGAAGACUGAGAACCGACAUGGCAGCUUGAUGCUUACGCUUUUUAGUCCUUUUUGGAUGAUAAAUAAGACCGGCAUGAUGCUCACUUACAAAUCGGAAACGACAUCCGUGGAAGUUCUCUACCAUCCUCCCGAAUAUUCCGGUCCCAUUUUGUUCACUUUCCGGGAUAAGCUAUUCUUUGACAAGAAAAAAGCCUCAAUUCGCAUAGACAAUGGUCAAUGGAGUGAAAAGAUCCCAUUGGAUGUGGCGGGCUCUGUUGGCGAAGUGAUCUGCUUUGCGAACAACCAGAAAUACCCUGUCGGUGUUCACAACCACUUGACUCAGAACUCUUUGACCAAGCAGAUCACGUUCAUACCCUUUUAUAUUGUGUGCAACAAGUGUCACUUUGACAUAGAGCUGCAGGAGCAGAGUCGUCCAGCCGACCCAUGGCUCCAUCUCGAACCAAAUGAGAUGGAACCUCUCUGGCCGAGAAACGAAAACAAGAACAAUUUGGUGGUGCGCGUGGAUGGAAAGAUUACUCCGGCCUUUGACUUUACGGAGGUGAUCUGUACGCUCCUGAAACUGGAGGACAGCAAGUACGGCGGUAUCAAUGUGGACGUUCAGACAACGGAAGGCGGUGUCUAUAUCACCUUUACGGACUAUAAGCCAGCCGAUGCGCCCGGCCUUCUCAUUAAUCACACUGGCAAGCAGAUUGUUUACUACGAGAAGGGAACCAAAAACGAGCAUAUCCUGAAUGCAAAGAGUACUAUAAUGUAUGCCUGGGACGACCCUACAGGUCCAAAAAUGCUUGUGUUCGGCACAAACAAGGAAGAGACGGAUCUGAAACGAGACGGAAUCGGCGAAGUGAUCAUGCAAGAUGGUGAAAAGGUUCUAUGGGUAUCUUUCCUCGACGGCCUGCAACGUGUGCUGCUCUUUACGGAAAACGAAUCGAUCGCCAAUCGUACGGAGAGCACUGCCUCGUUACAGUCUAUUACCCAGAGCAUUGAUCUGCGCAUUCACGGCAUUGGCUUGUCAGUGAUUAACAACGAGACGGGUCUUGACAUACUCUAUCUGGGAGUUACCAGCUCCGGCAUUAUAUGGGAGUCAAAGAAAGUGACCAAGAAUCGCUUUAAGGAGUUAACCAUUAACGAGAACGCGCUUUUGGAAAUUGAGUAUCAGAAAUAUCUAGUUCACAAGAGUGUCAACGAUCUGCAGACCUACAGGCUAGAUAACAAGUUCCCGAUUGACUUCGACCUUAUGAUCCUCAAAAAGUCGGUGGAGAGAAACUUGAGACGCAGUUUCUAUCCAGCGAUUUGGUUGUCCCGCAAGUCGUCGCCAUUCCAAAGCCAGCUGCAUGUGAAAAUUAAUCGUAUACAGGUGGAUAAUCAGUUCCUGGAUCCAAUAUUCCCCGUGGUGUUGGCGCCAAUUCCACCACCGAAGAGUGUUGCAAGUACCACCAGUCUCAAACCAUUUAUCGAGUGCAGCAUGGUGCAGCGCAUCAUGCCCAACUCAACUGUGCGUCAGUUCAAGUACGCCAGGAUACUGAUCCAAGAGUUCCUCUUCAAAGUCGAUUUGAACUUCCUCACUGCCAUCGCCGAGAUGUUUGCCAAGGAGGUCUCGGACGAGGCAGCAGCCAAGCAGUUCCGUCAGGACGUUGAAUCUAUUGAGCUCCCGCUUUCAGCGUUCUUUGAAGAGCACUCGUUGGAGGAGCAGAAGAGCUUUUACGAUAACCUGCACUUGGGUCCGCUCAAGAUCCAUGUCAGCUUCUCGAUGGCCGGGUCGGACACAAAGGCAUUGCCCGGUUUCUUGGGCUCAUUGGUCCAGGGCGUGGGUGUGACUCUAACGGACGUCAACGACGUUGUCUUCCGUCUGGCCUUCUUCGAGCGCGAGUAUCAAUUCUUCUCGCAACAACAGCUAAUCAACGAGAUCACCUCACACUACACUGGCCAAGCGUUAAAGCAGCUGUAUGUGCUCGUCCUCGGACUUGAUGUCCUGGGCAAUCCCUAUGGCCUAGUGGUUGGUCUUAAGAAGGGCGUCGAAGACUUGUUCUACGAACCGUUCCAGGGUGCCAUCCAAGGUCCUGGAGAAUUCGCCGAGGGUUUGGUCCUGGGCGUAAAGUCUCUUUUCGGCCACACUGUAGGUGGUGCUGCGGGAGCUGUUUCCAAAAUAACUGGUGCUAUGGGAAAGGGCCUGGCAGCGCUGACCUUUGACGAGGACUAUCAAAAGAAACGACGACAGGGUAUUCAAAACAAACCGAAGAACUUCCACGAAGGAUUGGCCCGCAGCAGCAAGGGCCUAGUGAUGGGCUUUGUGGACGGUGUCUCUGGCGUUGUAACCAAACCAGUGAUUGGGGCUCGCGAUAACGGGGUCGAGGGCUUCUUCAAGGGCCUGGGUAAGGGUGCAAUUGGCCUGGUUGCUCGCCCCACCGCUGGCGUGGUUGACUUCGCCAGUGGCAGCUUCGAGGCUGUGAAACGGGCGGCGGAUGCAAGCGAGGAUGUGAAGCGUAUGCGACCGCCGCGUUUCCAGCACUACGACUUCGUGUUGAGACCCUAUUGCUUGAUGGAGGCGACAGGGAAUAAAAUAAUGAAGGAAACCGACAAGGGUAAAUUUGCCACCACAGACAACUUUAUUCACUGCGAGGAGAUUAUCCAGAAGUCCGAGUACUUGGUGGUCACCAAUUACCGAGUGAUGUACGUGCAACGUAACGAGAUGUUCGGCGUUUGGACGUCUCUUUGGUCCUACCUAUGGAACGAGAUUAGCUCCGUGACUGCAAUGGCUCGCGGUGUCCAGUUCACCGUAAAGACGGAUGGCAAGAAGGUACUCGGUCUAUUUAGCAGCAAGGAGUCACCUCGAAAGUUAGUGCUCGUAGGAGAUGAGCGCAAACGUGACGCUCUUGUGAACAUUAUAGAAUCUCAGCGCUCCGACCCCAAUCCUUUACGGGCCACCAUCGCCUAUCCGGCUCAUAAUUGA